AACAUGAGUCGGCGGCAAACGAAGCCAACAGUCCGUCCAUGUGAGCGAGCAUCGGCGCCAUAUCGGCUGAUCACUGUGUAUGAGGGUUUCUCUUCGGGUGACAUGGAUGAAACAGACGAGUCUCAAAACAAUACUAUUACCCGUGACUCGGAUUCACUGUCGAGGCGGUACUAAAUGCUGCCACCCUCCCUUUGUCUGUCACUAAAAUGGAUUUAAAUCAUUCGAGUCUGCACCUUUAACAAUUUCAAGUUCAGUCAAUAUCGGGCAUUCCUCCACAACCAGCAAACGCAUACUCCCUCACAGACGGAAUCACAGCAUGGCAGCUAAUCAUCAUCAGCUGGCUGAGCAGCGAGCUCGCCUGAUCCACGAACAAGUCCAAGCGGUUCCAGUGGACCAGCGAGGCCUUUCACCUUUCGCCAACAUAGACCCUGACACACUACCAACCUCGCAAGAUCUGUCAUCUGGUAUUGUACCUGCUGACACACAAACAUUGUUCCCAGAUGCUUUGACCGCGGACAAGUAUCACGAUGUGAUGCUUCAAGCAAAAGCAGGACCAGUUGACAGUAGCAUCCCACCAACCCUCGAUAUGAGAAAGGCGCACGUCAGAGUCCUCUUCAUGGCUUUCAAAUGUGUCCCUACCGACCGACAAAACCAUGAUUCGGACGCCGAUGAAGACGUUGAACAAAUUAGGAAGCGUGAUGUUUCCGAUGCCUUCAAGACCCAAAGUCAUGACAAUCACAUGGUAGAAGCACUUUGCUGGAAGAUCCUUGACGCUUGCAUCCGCCGCUCUAGGAAAGAGCAAAACCUUGUUGAAGGUUACCUGGGAGAAGCGGGCAAAUCACAUGGCAAGCGGCACAGCUGGACCUUCAAGGAGCGCUUUGACAAAAUCGUGAAUACCAUGGCCAGAUCCAAGUCGGUCUGCAAGCACCUCUUCGAUACACCCUACAUGCUGAGGAUCGUUGAUGAUCCAGUUACCAGCUACAAGAGAGUCGUCUCGAACAAGAGACUCAAUCAGCAGAAGGGACAGCUGAUGAAGAGAGGCAAGGAGGCUGUUGAAGAGGACAAGAGAUCCAACAAGCGCCGAAAGAUCGAGCCUGCGAUGGAGAGACAUGCCGAUGGCAGCAGAGCGCAGGCAAGUCCUGUUGAUUCAAAUACCAGGUCCCACCGCCGAACUUUGGUCCCUAUAGCUCCCAGCACCCGAGUUCCAGGUUCUGGCAAUCGUCAGGAUUUGGCCAGUCUCCAGACCCUUGCAAUGAACAGCUCGGAAUUGAAUGAUCGACAACCGCCUGGAGAAAUGACUGCAGAACACUACGCCAACGUCAACUCCACGAACCUCUUCGGACGACCGGGAAUUGGCUCAUACAUGAAUACGGGCACUCGUGGUAUGCAGCCGCGUUAUCACACCCCAAGAACCCCGCAAAUGUUCCCGGAAAUGGGCUACUUGUCAGCAGUCGGGCCCUCUCCUUGCUCUGGCGAGGCUACCGAAAUGUUUCCAGUGUUUUCGGGACCUGGCUCUCGGUCAACUUACUCAUCUGGAGACACUGCUUCCGACCAUGACGAGCAGCAGUUUUGGGGCGUAGGAGCUGGUGCCGAGAACACCCUCACCGACAACUUUGGAGGUCAUACCCCGAAUAUGAUGGGCAACCAUGAACUGAUUGGGUACGGAGAUGCAGGAUUGCACAAGCAAGGUGAUUGGGAAAUGCCAACUGGCUCAGCGCACAUGACAAUGGGCCCACCGAUGGCUCCGUACAAUUCGCCGCUCCUGCCUUCUGACGAAAUGUCAGCUGUAUUCACUCGAGAUUUCGCUCCAGAUCAUGACACCAUUGUGAAUGAGCCAUUUGUUGACGAUGACAACGAAGAAGAAGACGCAGAUGCAGAGUACGAUUGAGAAGGAUUUUUUGAGUCUGAAAUCUUUGACAGACGAAGCGUCUGCAAACAGUCUUUUUCCACGAAUGCUACAACGACCAGGACAGGACUGCAUUGACCAAGCAGUCGUGGGCAAACGAGACGACGAUUGAGAUACCCCAACCUGAAACGACCAUUGAAUGAUUGAGUGCUUUCCCCUUUUUUCCCUUGCUGUCACACAGGUGAUGCACAGUCAGGAAUACAUUGAACGGCCAUAUUUGAAAACGUCAAGAUUUCAUCAUUUCCCCCCUUUUUUUUGCAACACGGCCACGAGUGUUAUUGGAUGGAGAACUGAUAGGAUACCAACGAGAAUUGGAAAAAAAAAGUUGUGGGUAGUGCCCAAAUGGAGACAUUCCAGGCCUAAAGCUAUCCUUGUAAUUUUUUCUUGACGGAUUGAGAGCGAGAGAAGCAGAGAGCAGAGAGCAAAGGGCCGUGCUGGAUGCAAAAGGGGACAAGUGCUCAAAGGUAUAGAUAGAAGGUCAACCCGGCAUCGAAGCAGGUUCUGUGAUGUUGUGAUAUAUGGUUCC